CACACACACACACACAGAGAGAAAGAGAAAGCUCGGAUUUUUUCUUCGCGACUGUCUGAUUGGUGUUUAAGAACACAGGAAGUGUCGAGGCUUUAACACAGACACUUCUCAUUCAGUCAGUCAUCAGUGUGACAGGAUGGAGCUCCGUCCACUCUGUGUGUUUCUCUUGAUGACUGGACUCAUCCACUGUACACAAACAGGACAGGGAGUGCAAGGGGGGACAGACAGAGAGACUGAAGGGGUCACAGGAGACGGAGAGAUAAAGCAAGAGACAGCGAGACCAAAGCCUGCAGUGAAAGUACAGCCAGCUGAGCAUGUGUUCAUUGGGGAAACCGUCACUCUCACAUGUGAGAUACAGACUGGAGAAUCCUGGCGUUACCUCUGGUAUAGAAAUAAUGAAGAACUCAGUGAUGCUGCAGGAAAGAAAACACACACAAUCACUGAUAUUAAAGACUCUGAUAAAGGUGAUUAUACAUGUAAUGGAACACAGUCAUCAGACCCUAAAUACACACAGACCAGUGAUGCUGUUACACUGACUGUAUCAGAGAGUCCUAAACCUGAGGUGAUUAUAAAGCCUGAUACACAGGUGUUCAUAGGAGAGCGAGUGACUUUCAGGUGUGACAUAAAGGGAGGGGACAUUGAGUGGACAUACGACUGGUAUAGGGACGAUAAAACAUUCAACCUAUCCCUCACAGCACAGGAGAUCAUCAUCAGUGAUUAUCACAGUGGUAAUUACACCUGCAGAGGGAGGAGGAGAAGUGACUCUCAGAUCUCAAAGACGAGUGAUCCUGUUACACUCACUGUAUCAGAAAAACCUAAACCUCAACUCACAUCAAGCCGUGAAGGACCUGCACUGACAGGAACCUCACUGACUUUGUACUGUACACUGAAGCCGCCGUCUGCUGGAUGGAAGUUUUACUGGAUCAAACCCACACAGAGCACUGAGACUGAGACUAAAACACACUCCUACACCAUCAGCCCAGGUACUGUCUCUGAUCGAGGUUAUUACAAGUGCAGAGCUGGAAGAGGAAACCCGGUCUACUACACACACUACAGUAAUGAACUCAGGGUAGAUGUUAUUGUGAGGCCUAAACCUGUGGUGAUUAUAAAGCCUGAUACACAGGUGUACAGUGGAGAGAGAGUGACUCUCAGAUGUAACAUACAGGGAGAAAGAGACACUCAGUGGACAUACAGCUGGUAUAAGAAUGAAAUAGAGUACCGUCACCACACAACACAGGAGUUCACCAUCAGCUCAGUUACAGACUCUGACAGUGGUAAAUACACCUGCAGAAGGUCGAGAAGCAGUUACUAUCAGAUCUCAGAGAUCAGUGAUGCUGUUAUACUCACUGUAUCAGAAAAACCUAAACCUGAACUCACAUCAAGCCUUAAAGGAGCUGUACUGAUAGGAAACUCAGUGACUCUGUACUGUACACUGAAGCCGCCGUCUGAUGGAUGGAAGUUUUACUGGAGCAAACACACACAGAGCACUGAGACUGAGACUAAAACACACUCCUACACCAUCAGAUCAGUUAGUGUCUCUGAUCGAGGUUAUUACUGGUGCAGAGCUGGAAGAAGAAACCGAGUCUACACAGACUACAGUGAUGCACUCUGGGUAAAUGUUACUGAGAGUCCUAAACCUGUGGUGAUUAUAAAGCCUGAUACACAGGUGUUCAUAGGAGAGAGAGUGACUUUCAGGUGUGAAAUACAGGGAGGAGACACUGAAUGGACAUACGACUGGUAUAGGAACGAUCACACAUUUUACACAUCCCACACAACACAGGAGAUCAUCAUCCGUGAUUAUGACAGUGGUAAUUACACCUGCAGAGGGAGGAGGAGAAGUGACUCUCAGAUCUCAAAGAUGAGUGAUCCUGUUACACUCACUGUAUCAGAAAAACCUAAACCUCAACUCACAUCAAGCCUUAAAGGAGAUGUACUGACAGGAAACUCAGUGACUCUGUACUGUACACUGAAGUCGCCGUCUGAUGGAUGGAAGUUUUACUGGAGCAAACGAAGACAGAGAACUGAGACUGAGACUGACACUGAAACAGACUCCUAUAGUAGAUCAGUUAGUGUCUAUGAUGGAGGUCAUUACAAGUGCAGAGCUGGAAGAGGAAACCCGGCCUACUACACAGACUACAGUAAUGAACUCAGGGUAGACGUUAUUGUGAGGCCUAAACCUGUGGUGAUUAUAAAGCCUGAUACACAGGUGUACAGUGGAGAGAAAGUGACUCUCAGAUGUAACAUACAGGGAGGAGGAGACACUCAGUGGACAUACAGCUUUUAUAAGAAUGAUAUAGAGUACCGUCACCACACAACACAGGACUUAAUCACCAGCUCAGUUACAGACUCUGACAGUGGUAAAUACACCUGCAGAAGGUCGAAUAGCAGUUACUAUCAGAUCUCAGAGAUCAGUGAUGCUGUUACACUCACUGUAUCAGAAAAACCUAAACCUCAACUCACAUCAGAUCUUAAAGGAGAUGUACUGACAGGAAACUCAGUGACUCUGUCCUGUACACUGAAGCUGCCGUCUGAUGGAUGGAAGUUUUACUGGAGCAAUCACACACAGAGCCCUGAGAGUGAGACUGAAACAGAUACCUACAACAUCAGCUCAGUUAGUGUCUAUGAUGGAGGUCAGUACUGGUGCAGAGCUGGAAGAGGAAACCCAGUCUACUACACACACUACAGUGAUGCACUCUGGGUAAAUGUUACUGAGAGUCCUAAACCUGUGGUGAUUAUAAAGCCUGAUACACAGGUGUUCAGAGGAGAGAGAGUGACUUUCAGGUGUGAAAUACAGGGAGGAAACACUGAGUGGACAUACGACUGGUAUAGGAACGAUAACACAUUCAACCCAUCCCACACAACACAGGAGAUCAGCAUCAGUGAUUAUGACAGUGGUAAAUACACCUGCAGAGGGAGGAGGAGAAGUGACUCUCAGAUCUCAAAGACGAGUGAUCCUGUUACUCUCACUGUAUCAGAAAAACCUAAACCUCAACUCACAUCAGAUCUUAAAGGAGCUGCACUGACAGGAAACUCAGUGAAUCUGUCCUGUACACUGACGCCACAGUCUGCUGGAUGGAAGUUUUACUGGAGCAAACACACACAGAACCCUGAGACUGAGACUGAAACACACCACUACACCAUCAACUCAGUUAAUGUCUCUGAUGGAGGUCAGUACUGGUGCAGAGCUGGAAGAGGAAACGCAGUCUACUACACAGACUACAGUGAUGCACUCUGGGUAAAUGUUACUGAGAGUCCUAAAGCUGUGGUGACCAUAAAGCCUGAUAAACAUGUGUUCAGAGGAGAGACUGUGACUCUCACAUGUGAAAUACAGGGAGGAGGAGACACUGAGUGGAAAUACAGCUGGAAUAAGAAAGAUAAAACAUUCUACCCAUCCCCCACAACACAGGAGUUCAGCUUCAGCUCAGUUAUAAAUAAUAACAGUGGUGAAUACACCUGCAGAGGGUGGAGAUGCAGUGACAAUCAGAGAUCAGAGAUCAGUGAUGCAGUUACACUCACUGUAUCAGAUGCAGCAGAGGCAGUAGUGAGUGUGUCUCCACUGCGCUGGCUGACUGAAGGAGACUCAGUGACUCUCAGCUGUGAGGUUAAAAACUCCUCUACAGGCUGGACAUUCAGCUGGUACACUGCUGUUCCCUACAGAAACGGCUUAAUUGAAGUAACAGGCCAUCGUGGCAAUGUCUUGUAUGGUUCAGAGCUUCUCUCAGACAGCAGCAGAGGAUCUGGAGGCUCCUACACUCUCACUAAUGUUACUGUGAAUCACACAGGAGUUUAUAUGUGCAGAGCAGAGAGAGGAGAAUCAGUCUUUCACACACGGGACAGUAACCUACAGCCACUGUGCAUCACUGGUGAAUCUCCUCCAGUGUCUCUGAUCAUCAAUCCCAGCAGAACUCAACACUUUACUGCUGACUCUCUAUCACUGAGCUGUGAGGACCAGAGUGACUCUACUGGAUGGACAGUGAGAGGAUACACACACAAUGAGACACUGUUUGAGUGUUCAUCAGAUUCAGGAUCUACAUGUAACAUCAGCUCCCUCUCUACAUCACACUCUGGAGUUUACUGGUGUCAGUCUGAAUCUGGAAGACGCAGUAAUCCUGUCAACAUCACAGUGCACAAUGGUGAUGUGAUCCUGGAUAGUCCUGUCCAUCCUAAGGGAAAUCCUCUGAUUUUGCGUUGUUUAUAUCGCAACUCAGGUAUCUCAGAUUCUGGUGUUGAUUUCUAUAAAGAUAGUUCAGUCCUGCAGAAGAAGACUACAGGAGAGAUGGCCAUCAUUACUGUCUCAAAGUCAGAUGAAGGUUUCUACCACUGUAAACACCCAGAGAGAGGAGAGUCACCGAAAAGCUGGGUUUCAGUCAGAGUUUCAGCUUCAGCCGGAUACAGUGCUGUAAUUAUAGGACUGAGUUUGGCCUUCUUGUUUGUCAUCUUAAUGAUCGUACUGAUCCUGCUGCUGCACUUCAAGAAGAAAAAAGGUGUAGAAUAUCAGCCUCCUUCUACAGUAAAUCAGGACACCAGUCAGCCUGCAGAUGGUGAAAAUGUCUAUGAAAAUGUUGCUGUCAGGACGACAGUUGAUUCUGCAGCUGGCUCUAGCAGCACUAGCAUGUGCUCACAGGUUGUGACUAGAAAAAAGAAACAAAAUGAUGAUGCAGUCAGAAGGCCAGGUGAUGUGAUAUAUUCCCAAAUUGAAAUGAAAAAUGUCAACCCUCACAGUAAAGAUGACUCUGCAUCAAGACCAAGUGAUGUGGUUUACUCUAUGAUUGCAUCUAAAAACAUGAGACCCAAUGAUGAUGCCAGCAAACUCGAUGAUGUGACUUAUGCUGAUAUUGACCUGAAAAAAACAAAGAAACCAAACAGAAAACAAGGAAAGCGCACUGAGGGAGCUGACACUGUUUACUCAGAACUGAAGCAGAACACAGAUAAAGGAGAUUUCACUGAAACUGCUGAUGCAACUUAUGCCCAGGUUAGGAAAAAGGGCAAAAAGUAUAAUGCAGGUUGAAGAAAGUCCAAAGUGUCCAAUCAGGAGUUGCUGAAGCAGCCAAAUAACACGGUGAAACAAACAUGGUGAAAUAUAUAUAUAUAUAUAUAUAUAUAUAUAUAUAUAUAUAUAUAUAUAUAUAUAU